UACACAUGUGAGGUGUAUCAUUUUUAAAUUUUAAAAUUUUUACAAUAAUUGAACACCGAACAGUCUACAAUCUAUUAAUGUUUUGGUGAAUACUGAAUGGUGACUUUAUAAAAUUAUAUCUAAUAGUAGACUAAUAAACUUCACGAUGAGAGUGACAUCCAAAACGUUUAUACGUAAAACUAAACGUGGUAAUAUUUUAAAGGUAAGUUUUUUUUUUUUUUCAAUAUAUUUAUUUGCAGUUAAUGUACCUAUAUCAUAUACAAAUAUUGUAGAUUGUACGUGAACACUACCUAAGAGAUGAUAUCGGUUGUGGUUCAAAAGUUUGUACAAAGUGUAAACUUAACACUGAACAGCCACUCGAAAAAAUUGUAACUGUUAAUAACACAAAUUUUACUGACAAACAUUAUUUAUUAGUGGAUACGAAUGUAGUUCUUCAUCAGGUAUGUAUUAGUUUAAUAUUUGAUUAUUUAAGAUUUUCAACCAUAUAAUUUUAUUAAUUUUUAAAAUAAUUACUACCUACCUAUCUAAUUGAAAAUUAUUAAAAAUGUAUGUAUGAAUACUAAUUUAUAUGGAAUCUGUGUUAAUGUAUAGAUGUAACUAAUAAUAUUAUCAUGUAUUAUGUUAUAUGGAUGAAAUAUAUGAACAAAUUAAAAUAUUUAUUAAGUUAUUAUUUACAUUAGGGCAUUUCUAAGUUUAUUUUUAUUUUCAUGUGUAUAAUUUUGAUUUUUGUUUUGUUAUACUACUUUAAUAUUUAAUUUAAAUUUUUUGAUUAUAGAUUGAUGCAUUAGAAGACGACACUUUGAAGAAUGUUAUUAUUCUACAAACUGUUCUCGAAGAAGUAAAACAUCUUAGUCACAGUGUUUAUAAACGUCUGAUCGACAUUAUUGGGAAUUAUUCUAGAUGUUUUUACGUGUUUGUUAAUGUUUAUCAUAGGUAAUUAAUAAAUAGUAACUACCACUAUUUUUUUACUGUUUUACUAAAUUUUUAUCAAUUUAGAGUAUAUUUAGUUAUUCAUAUUGUAGCUAAUGUAUUUGCAAAUUUUAUUUACAUAUUAACAGAAGGAGCAAUUGUGUCAUUCAAUAUUCUUUUAGGCAAUCACAGAUAGAAUUUGGUCUUCUAACAUGUAUAAAUAUUUUUGAUUUUUAGGGAUACGUAUGUCGAAAGAUUUCGAGGUGAAAGUCCAAAUGAUUACAAUGACCGUAUGAUUAGAGUGGCGGCAUUAUGGUAUAAUAAACAUUUUAAGGGCACAAUAAAAGUGUUAUUAUUGUCCAGCGAUAAAGUUAGCAAGGCAAAGGCAAUUGAUGAAGGAAUACCGACAAUGUCAUGUGAGAUGCCUUUCUUUUGAAUAUUAUACAUUAUACCUAAAAAAACAAUACAUUUAUUUCCAGUGGAACAAUAUGUGAGUGGAUUAAAUAAUGUUACAUUAACUGAUAAACUAUCUAAUCGCACUUGUAUGGUGGAAGAAACCAGUAAAGAACCAAUUUUUCCACCUCAUUUGACUCCAGCACAAAUACAUCAGGGCAUUAAGUCUGGAAAAAUAAUGCAAGGCACAUUUUUUGCUUCCAAUGAUAAUUUUCUUGAAGGCAAUGUUUUUGUGGAAGGGCAAGAAAAAAAUGUAUAUUUAUCAAAACAUAACUACCCUUAUUUAUUGAUUUAAUAUUAUUCUUGUAUUUUAGAUAUUAUUGCAAGGUAGGGAAAAUUUAAAUCGGGCUAUUAAUGGUGAUAUUGUUGCUGUUAAACUAUUUACAGAAGAUCAGUGGAGUGCACCUACAAAUUUAGUUAUUGCAGAUUAUGGUAAAAUAAUGAUAAAUUAAUAAUUAAAUUAUUAUAUUUUAAUCAUCUCAUUGAAUAAAUAUUAAAAAAAAAAAACCGUUAUAGAUGAUUUGGAUUUGGAAAAUGAUAGAAGUAUUAAUGAAACACCUAAAGAAAGGUAUCCAACAGGUCAAGUAGUUGGAAUAAUACGAAAAAAAUGGAGACAAUACUGUGGAAUUAUUCAACAUAGUCUUGUUGAAAAUGUAAUAUUUUUCAACAUUGCAUUGAAUACUCUAUGACAUACUAAAUGUGACUAUAACUAAUAAUAUUAUUUAUUGUAAUAUUUUUUUAUUUCAGACAAAUCGACAUUUGUUUGUGCCGGCGGAGAAAAAAAUUCCAAAAAUUAGGAUAGAAACUAGACAGUACGAUAAGCUAAAAGACCAACGGGUUAUUAUUGCAAUUGAUACAUGGCCAAGAACUUCAAGAUAUCCACUGGUUUGUUUAGAAUAUCUGUGUUUAUUGCUAAUCAAUUUUUUUGAAUGUGUACAAAUAUUAUUUUAUAUUUUAGGGUCAUUUUGUCAGGUCACUUGGAAAAAUUGGUGAAAGAGAAGCUGAAAAUGAAGUUAUAUUAUUAGAACAUGAUGUCCCACAUUCAAAAUUUUCAGAUCAAGUUCUGGCAUGUUUGCCAAAAGAAACAUGGACAAUUACUGCUUCUGUGAGUUAUAUAUUUUUGUUUACAACACUAUGUUACCCAAAAAAAUUAACUUAUCAAUACAAAUAAUAGAUUUAUUUUACCAUUAUGUACACAAUUUGCAUAUUAUAGUUCUAUUCUGAUAGAAAACACAGCUGGUUGGUAUCAAAUUGCCCUAAUUAAUUUUAAUUUUUAAUAGGAUUUUGUAGGUAGAAAGGACUUCCGUAACUUGGAUAUUUGUUCUGUAGACCCUCCAGGAUGUACAGAUAUUGAUGAUGCAUUACAUUGCAUGCUAUUGAAUAACGGUAAUUUCCAAGUGGGUGUACAUAUUGCUGAUGUAACCCAUUUUGUCAAACCGGGUACAGCUAUAGAUUUAGAAGCCAGCCAACGUGCGACUACUGUUUAUCUUACUGGAAGGCGUAUUGAUAUGGUUCCAGGUAAUAUUUUAAUAAUAAGUUAAUAAAUAAUUGGAUAAUGUAUGGUCUAAAAGUAACAUACAUGAAUACAUUAUAUUGUGGUUUUCCGUCAGAAAUAUUGCAGUAAUAAUGUUAAGAUAAAAAUAUCUCAAAAACAUGUUGUGAAUUCAAAAAAAGUAAUAAAACCAUUUUCAACUUUUAACAUUUAUUUACUUGGUGUUUGAACAAAUCCGUGUGUUAUCCUAAUAAAAUAAAAAAAACAACAUGAUACUGUUAUUGAGUGUACUACUAUUGUAAGUAGAAAGUUGAAAAAGUAGCACUCAGAGUUCUUCAAUUUAUACCUAUAUGCAAUGAUAAACCAUUGCUAACAAAAUACAAAUUUAUGCAAAGUUCGGUUUUAAAUAUAUUGGAGUGAUGUAAUAUUUUUGAUUUUUCUUAAUAUUUGAACUACAAAAUAUUUAUUUGAUUAUAAAAAAAAAAUACUUUCAAUGCACUCAACAUUUUUUUUUUUUAUCACCUAGUACAAAUUAUAAAAAACCUCGUGUAAACUUGUUAAGCAUUCUUGACAGGUAAACCAAUUGUAUCUAAAUUGUAUCAAUUUUAUCUAAAUAAAACUAAAAACUAGAAAAUAUUAAAUGCCUACAAAUAGUUCAAAAAUCAUAAUAAAAAUCAAAGUAAAAAAAUAAUGACACUGUUAAUGCUGUUUACUUGUCUGUUUUUUCCUGUUUACCCAAUUAUUAUGAAAACUGAUUAGAAAAUUAACACAUACUCUAUUACUAGAUAAUAUUUCUUUUAAAAUUUUCUAUUGAAACUUGCCUCAAUUAAAACAUAGACAAAUUGAAUAUAUUAAUACGCAAAUCUAUUUUGAAAUAGAAAUCCACUAAUCCCAAUUCUCACACCUUUGUCUAGGUUUUGGCUUGUUUUUUUUUUUCCUGUCUUUGUUCUUAACAAAUUUGUUUUAUAAGCAAUAUGAUCGUGUUUUAUAAAAUUUGUUUUCAUAAUAUUAUAGUAUAUUGUGAUUUUAUGAAAUUUAACGCUGUCAGAUAAACAUAUUGUGAAUCUAUUAACCGUUUCAUGUAUUUAGGUUUAUUAAGUUCAAAUUUGUGUUCAUUACGAGGCGGAGAAGAACGUUUGGCAUUUUCCUGCGUCUGGGAGAUGACUCCGGAUGCAAAUAUUGUAAACAGUAGUUUUACAAAAAGUGUUAUUAAGUCAAAAGCCGCUAUGACUUAUGAACAAGCACAGUUAAUUAUUGAUGACCAAGAUCAAAAUACUCCAAUUGCCACAGGAUUAAGACAACUAAAUAAGUUUGCCAAGAUUCUUAAGAAACGCCGAAUGGAUGCUGGGUAAGUCAUUGGUUUUGUAAUAAAACUAAUACAUUUUUUUUUUUGUUUUCUAAUUUCCAUAUAAUUUUAGAGCGUUGGUUUUGGCCUCACCAGAAAUUCGUUUCCUAGUAGAUAGUGAAACACGAGAUCCAUUGGAUGUUGAAGUUAAACAGAUAAAAGAAACAAAUUCAAUGGUUGAAGAGUUUAUGUUGUUAGCAAACAUAGAAGUGGCGAAGAAAAUAUAUUCAGAUUUCCCUGAAUUUGCUGUCUUAAGACGUCAUCCUAAGCCACCGCCGAGUAACUUUGAGUCUCUUGUCAAAGCCGCAGCACAUCUGGUGAAAUAAUUUUUCAAAAGUUCACACAUUUUUUCCUUUUAUACUUUACAUUAUAUUUGUAUUUUAUUUAUUUCAGGGAGUCAAAUUAAAUGUCGACACAAGCAAAGACUUAGCAAAUUCUUUAGAUAAAGCUAUUAAACUUGACAAUCCAUUUUUCAAUACUAUGCUUCGUAUUUUAGCUACUAGAUGCAUGUUGCAAGCCAUUUAUUUUGCUAGUGGCACAAAAACCUAUGACGAAUUUUUGCAUUAUGGAUUAGCAGCUCCAAUCUAUACUCAUUUUACAUCACCUAUUAGAAGGUUAGUAGUAUAAAUUAUGUUGUAUUUGUAUUUUAUACACAAAUAAUAUUUAUAUUAAUAUAAAAAUCUAGAUUUAGUAGCUAUACAAAUUAUACAAUUUUUAUUCACAAGUUGUAAAAACAAAUUUAUAUUUUUAGGUAUGCUGAUGUGCUUGUGCAUAGACUAUUAGCCGUAUCUAUUGCAGCAGAGACAACUACCCCUGAAUUGCUUGACAAACGUAAAAUUGAAACUCUGUGUCAAAAUUUGAAUGUUCGAACUCGAAUGUCUGCGUAUGCCGAACGAGCAUCUGUUGCCCUGAACACUCAUGUAAUUUAGCAUCCACAAAAUAAAAUACAUUUAAACAUGAAAUUAAUAAAAAAUUUAAUUUUUUCAUUAGAUAUUUUUCCGUGGAAAAAUCAGAGAUGAAGAAGGUUAUAUAUUGUAUGUUAGAAAGAAUGCUUUACAAAUACUUAUACCAAAAUAUGGAUUAGAGGGUACUCUUUUUUUGUCACCACGUAAAGGACAAGUGCAAGCAGCUACUUUCACGUAUAAUGAAGAAGUAAGUUAGAAGGAAUAUUUUUUUAUUGUUACAUAAAAGCUGAAUCUAAAAAUAACAAAGAUAGUUUAUAAUACGCUCAAAUGUGAUUUUUAUUUAGGAGCAAACCCAAAGGUGUGGUAAAAUAGUUUUUAGAACCUUUGAUCCAGUUGUUGUUCAGUUAAGUCUUGACAGCAGUAAUGUUCAACACGAGAGAAUUGUUUUGAAACUCGUAAAACCUGAAAUAUUGAAUUUUAGUAUACCAUCUACAAAUGUUAGUACAUGUGCUACUACUGCACAACAAUCACAGAAAAAUACCGAAGCUAGCGAAUCUUCGCUUCAACCGCAGCCUAAAAGAGCAAAGAUUUAAAUUAAUUGUAAAUGUUAAUCUUUGACCUUUGCCGUCAUCAUCUAUGGAGUCUGAAAUGUCAUAAUAUUGUUUUGGCUGGUUGGCUAGUUGGAACUGUUUAUUUGCAAUGUUCCAUAAAGAUAUGGAUUAAACAUAUUAAAUAUUUGUUGAUAAAAUGACUUAAAAUAAAAAUAUAAAAAUCUA